AUGAACUCCCCAGAGCGGAUACAACCAGCUCCCGAUUUACGGUGGCCAGUCCAGUUUGUGCUCAAAAUGUUUGCUGAGGGAUGGAUAAUUGACGACUCCAACAGUAAUCACCUUUUGCCAAGGGGAAAGGCGGCGGGCUUCCGUCACCCCCGGCGGCUGCGGGAAUGCGCCCCAGACCCCACUGCCCCACAGCGAAAGACCAGUGAACCCAUCCCCGCCGAACUCCAUAGCACCAUUCACUUCAUUUCUUCUCUUAAAACAUUAAUCAAGGCUGCUCCCAAUUCUGGGCUGCUGCCGCUGCUGCUGCUGGGCGCCGCGUGCCUGCUCCCGCCGGGCGCGCAGGUGAGGCGGCUGGCGCGCUGCCCCGCCACUUGCAGCUGUACCAAGGAGUCCAUCAUCUGCGUGGGCUCCUCCUGGGUGCCUAGGAUCGUGCCGGGCGACAUCAGCUCCCUGAGCCUGGUAAACGGAACAUUUUCGGAAAUCAAGGACCGAAUGUUUUCCCAUCUGCCUUCCUUGCAGCUGCUAUUGCUGAAUUCUAACUCAUUUACAGUCAUCCGGGAUGAUGCUUUUGCUGGACUGUUUCAUCUCGAAUACCUGUUCAUCGAAGGGAACAAGAUCGAAACCAUUUCAAGAAAUGCCUUUCGUGGCCUCCGUGACCUGACUCACCUUUCUUUGGCCAAUAACCACAUAAAAGCACUCCCAAGGGAUGUCUUCAGUGAUUUAGACUCUCUGAUUGAACUAGAUUUGAGGGGCAAUAAAUUUGAAUGUGACUGCAAAGCCAAGUGGUUGUAUCUGUGGUUGAAGAUGACAAAUUCCACGGUGUCUGAUGUGCUGUGCAUCGGUCCCCCGGAGUAUCAGGAAAAGACGCUAAACGAUGUGCCGAGCUUUGACUACAAAUGCACGACCACAGAUUUUGUCGUUCAUCAGACUCUGCCCUACCAGUCGGUUUCAGUGGAUACGUUCAACUCCAAGAACGACGUGUACGUGGCCAUCGCUCAGCCCAGCAUGGAGAACUGCAUGGUGCUGGAGUGGGACCACAUCGAAAUGAACUUCCGGAGCUAUGACAACAUUACAGGUCAGUCCAUUGUGGGCUGCAAGGCCAUCCUCAUUGACGACCAGGUUUUCGUGGUGGUGGCCCAGCUCUUCGGCGGCUCCCACAUUUACAAAUACGACGAGAGCUGGACCAAGUUUGUCAAAUUCCAAGACAUCGAAGUCUCUCGCAUUUCCAAGCCCAACGACAUCGAGCUGUUUCAGAUCGAGGACGAGACGUUCUUCGUCAUCGCGGACAGCUCUAAAGCUGGGCUGUCCACGGUGUAUAAAUGGAACAGCAAAGGAUUCUACUCCUACCAGUCUCUGCACGAGUGGUUCAGGGACACGGAUGCGGAGUUCGUUGACAUAGAUGGGAAGUCGCAUCUGAUUCUGUCCAGCCGCUCCCAGGUCCCCAUCAUCCUCCAGUGGAAUAAAAGCUCUAAGAAGUUUGUCCCCCACAGUGAUAUCCCCAACAUGGAGGACGUCCUGGCCGUGAAAAGCUUUAGAAUGCAGAAUGCCCUCUACCUGUCCCUCACCCGUUUCAUUGGGGACUCCAGGGUCAUGAGGUGGAAUAGUAAGCGAUUUGUGGAGGUCCAGGCUCUUCCUUCCCGGGGGGCCAUGACCCUGCAGCCCUUCUCUUUUAAAGAUAACCACUACCUGGCUUUGGGGAGUGACUAUACAUUCUCCCAGAUAUACCAGUGGGAUAAAGAAAAGCAGCUGUUCACAAAAUUUAAGGAGAUUUAUGUGCAAGCACCUCGUUCCUUCACGGCUGUCUCCACUGACAGGAGAGAUUUCUUUUUUGCAUCCAGUUUCAAAGGGAAAACAAAGAUUUUUGAACAUAUAGUCGUUGACUUAAGUUUGUGAAGGUAUGAUUGGUGAAUUUAAAAGACACAUAGCCCUAGCUCUCACAGGAGAGUGGCCAAGAAGCGAAUAUAAAAAGAAGCCAAACUCAGAGCUCUGCUGAAAUGAAAAUCGCACUGGCGGAAUAGUUAGAAGUUUUCAAAAUUUUAGAACUCACAUUUUAAUCAGGGAUUGCAUUUAUUGGCUAAUUGCAUGACAUGUCCCUUCUCCCCUUUAAAAGGACAUCUUAAAGCCUGUUGUCACUGAGAAAAGAGUACGGCAUUAACUCUUAACCAUCUAGGACAGUAAUGUGCUUUUUUUUUUUAAUGAGGAAGGAGAAAGUUGGAUAAGAUGGGACAGCACUUAUAAUGAAAUAAACAAAUAAAAAACAAAAAGACCAAACUAUGGACCCUUCUCAUUCCAUUUUAGCAAUCUUUUUGGUAAGAACUCUUAAAGCCAAAGUCAGCUGAAAAGAUUUGCUGAUGAUUCGUUUAAAAAUCUGGUAGCACUCAGCAAUGCUAUUUUGAGCCAUUUCAGUUUCCUGAAUCCCCCUUAAUAGCAGAAUGUUGGCUAUUUCAUUGGCUCACAAGGAUGCGCGUCAUGGGUGUGUUAACAAGAUAAUGUUGGGCAUAACUUCCUUUGCCACAAAGAGAAUACUCUGCUGACGCAUAUCUACAUGGGCUACAGGCCCAUAAGUGAGACAGAGGCAUUUUCUCCUCUUCCUUGUGGCUUAAAGCCGAUCCCCCGGGGUGGCCAGAGCAAUACCCUUGUUACAUGCUCUCGGCGACCCGGCUGCUUCCCUGAACCCAUUCUUUUGAGUUUGUGGGUAACCAGCAGACAGGCCAAAGACUGAAUGGUGCUUUUUAUCCCAUCCUUCAAAGCAAUGGAACAGGUAUUUCCAUCUGAUGAGCAUUUGGUAGAAUUUUUGAAGCAAGAUUUUGUGGAAUCAAAGAGGACUUUUAUACAAGUCUCGUACUUUGAACACCUACAGGUGGCCCUUUGAUUUGUGCAUGGCUUUGCCCUCUGGGCAACUUAAUCUUAAAAGUCAUUGAAUACCAACCUACCUGUCUGCCCACCUGCCUACCUCCCUGCUCCUACAACGGUCCCGGUUUGUUGAUUUGUCCAUGUUGCUGCUGCAAGUG